UUCCCCGUCAGGUUUGGGGAGUGCUCUCGGACUUGCGGAGGGGGCGUCAAGAAGUCGGUGAGACACUGUAACAAACCUAUCCCAUCUAAUGGUGGUCGCUACUGCACUGGGCGGCGAGAGAAGUACCGCAGCUGUGGUGCACGUGAGUGUCCUCCAGGUAGUAAAGGAUUCAGAGAAGAGCAGUGUGCUGUUUUCAACAACAACAAUUAUAAUAUCCAAGGCCUGCCUGAAGAUGUCAAAUGGGUUCCCAAAUAUGGUGGAAUUAGCCCUGAUGAGCGAUGCAAACUCUACUGCAGAGUUCAUGGUACGAGCGCUUAUUACCCACUCAAAGAGAAAGUUGUAGAUGGAACACCAUGUGGCCCUGAUACGUAUGACAUAUGUGUGAAUGGAAUCUGCAAGCCAGCAGGUUGCAAUCACAUGCUUGGUUCCUCUAUGCAGCUAGACAUGUGUGGGAAAUGUGGUGGUGACAAUUCAACAUGUAUCUCCAUCAAAGGCAGCUACAACAACUCUACUUACGGCUAUACCCGAGUGGUGCGCAUUCCAGCUGGGUCCUCCAAUCUUGACAUUAGACAGUAUGGUCACAAAGGAAUAACAGAUGACAACUAUCUGGCUUUGGUAGAUGAAGAUACUGGAGAAUAUAUUCUGAAUGGAGGGUUCAUGGUGUCAAUAUUCCGCAAGAUUUUGCUCUUUGGUGGAGCUACGUUGGAAUACACAGGAUCUCAGACAGUUGUAGAGCGUGUCAAUUCUUCUUCCAGGCCACUGAAAAAAGAUUUAAUAUUAGAGGUUCUCUCUGUGGGAAGACUGUAUCCCCCAAACAUAACAUUCCAGUACACAGUCCAGCGCAGCACACAGUAUCGUUGGGAGCUGAGAGACAAAUGGACUGCUUGUGAUAAAGUCUGUAAUGGUGAACGUUGGCCUUUGCCAUUAUGUGUGAAGAUGGACAAUUCACAGCAUGUCCCAGAUGAACACUGUGCAGGUCUUCGACAACUGUCCAGAUACAUUGAGUCCUGCAAUACCCACUGCAUUCUGAAGUGGAGGACAUGGCCGAUAACAGAGUGUUCGACACACUGUGGUCAUGGGAAGCAAACUCUGGGUUUGCAGUGUGUGCAACAGUUUCAUGACUCAAAUAUUGGUGACAACACUGUCCAUAAUAGCUCAUGUGCUCAUUUAUACAAACCAACAGAGGUUGUAGAUUGUGAAGGACCUUGCAACUCUACUCACUGGGAGUUUGGAAUGUGGUCACAGCAACAGUUGAUGUGGAGGACAUGGCCGAUAACAGAGUGUUCGACACACUGUGGUCAUGGGAAGCAAACUCUGGGUUUGCAGUGUGUGCAACAGUUUCAUGACUCAAAUAUUGGUGACAACACUGUCCAUAAUAGCUCAUGUGCUCAUUUAUACAAACCAACAGAGGUUGUAGAUUGUGAAGGACCUUGCAACUCUACUCACUGGGAGUUUGGAAUGUGGUCACAGUGCUCCAAAACAUGUGGAGGGGGAACUCAGACACGAUCAGCCCAUUGUGUGGAUGAACGGGGUUGGCCAAAGGAUGAAUCUGACUGUAAGCAGAGUGAUCCACCCGUUGUGGAGCGGCCAUGUGGCACACAAGAGUGCCCAAAAUGGGUUCUUGGAGAAUCAUCACCAUGCUCCGUUACGUGUGGUGUUGGGGAACGCAAGAACUCCCUCUGGUGUCAAGUGGGCAACCGUAUAGUGGCACCAAGAUACUGUGACUCACAGCCUGUUCCUCCCUACAAGGAAGUCUGUACAAGGGAGCCAUGUGCUUCUUGGCACCAUGGCUCUUGGCAGCAGUGUUCUGUGACGUGUGGCACUGGUGUGUCUGUAAGGACUGUUACUUGUCGUUCACUAGAUGGCAAAGAAGUCUCUGAAUCGUCAUGCUCCACUAUAGAGAAUAAACCUGCUUCUAGUCAGAAAUGCACUAGACAGGCUUGUCAACAUGAGAUACCGUCAUCAGUGUUUCCUUCAACAACAACGACAACGACAACGACAACAUCUGUAUCCCUGUCCAAGGUUGAGGAUGGCAACUUAGGACUUCAUUCCCCACAUCUUCGUCGUAAUAACAUUCUUCCAACUUCUGUGCCAUUUCCUGGACCUGCAGACAACUCAGUUCUACAUGGAGAUGAGGACAUGACUAAUAAUGUGAUAUAUGAACCAAGGACAUUCACUCCAGUGCGUGGUGUGUGGAAGGCCUCAGACUGGGGAUCUUGUUCUGUUACAUGUGGUGAUGGAAUCAGGCAGAGGGCAGUCAUUUGUAUAGAUUCAUCUCUUGGCACACCCAUUGACAAAGAACACUGCACUGAAGCUUUGUUUGUAGCAACAGAAGAAUCCUGCAAACAACCUACUUGCGCAUCCUGGAGAGUUGGGGUCUGGAAGCCAUGUUCUGUUAGCUGUGGCAAGGGAAUAUCAACAAGAGAAGUGAUGUGCAUUGAUUCUGCGUCUAAUACUGUGCUGUCCAAUGAUCAAGCUUGUUCUGAUCAUAAUUUGGCACAACCAGACAGAGAGAAGGAAUGUUACAUUAGGGACUGUCCAGAUGAAUCGUCUUUGGAAUAUCCAAAUCAUGAUGGGAUGAAUGACAUGGGGAAGGACCUGAACAAUGCAGGCUACAUGUGGAGAACAGGACCAUGGGGUGAGUGCUCAAAGUCUUGUGGAACGGGCUACAUGCGGCGGAUGGUGGCAUGUCCCUCUGAAGAUGGAAAUGAUGGGAUUGAAUGUAACAAAGCUGACAGGCCUGUUGAUAGAAUAGCUUGCAAUACAGAUCCUUGUCCUGCCUGGAACACGGGUGGCUGGUCAGAGUGCAACAAGUCGUGUGGAGAAGGAGGCUACCAGCACAGACAAGUUAGGUGUCAGUCUCACACUGGAGAGAUCCUAGCCGACACUUCUUGCUCAGCCCUUGAAAGGCCAGAUGAGAAGCAUGAGUGUGAUUUACCCCAGUGCCAUAUCAACUAUAGUCACACCAACCUGAAACCCAUAGCUAAGGAGUAUCAGUGGCGAACAGGCAUGUGGAGUCAGUGUUCAAGGACAUGUGGACAGGGAGAACGUAACCGGCGAGUUGUAUGCGUGGAGGUGCCUGCAAACACAUAUCCUUAUGAACAAAGUGUGAAUCAUCAUUGGCAUGGCAGUACCUUCUUCGAUUCACAGUAUCGGAAACAGUACAGGGAUUGGCGAUUAGUGGAAAGACAGCAAAGAUUGAAGCCAAAGCUUUUGAAUGAGACUGAUAUAGUGGUUUCUUCAGUGAAGUGUGAUCACAGACACAUGCCUAAGGCUGUUCGUGGUUGCAUAAAACAGUGUCCAUUCUCUUGGUUUGAAGGAGAGUGGUCUGAGUGCUCCCAAUCAUGUGGACAUGGCAUCCAACAAAGAACUGUUCAGUGUCACCAUCUUGAUUUAGUGGUCUCAGAAGAUGAGUGUAACCCUACUGAACGUCCAUCAGAACAAAGGAACUGCUUCAAUUCUAACUGCCAGGAUGAAUUCUACUGGGUACCAGGGGAGUGGCAAGAUUGCUCACAUUCAUGUGGUAGAAAGGGACGCCAGCAGCGUCAUCUGUAUUGUUACCAUCGUGAUGGAAAGAAAGUUACAAGGAAUAAUUGUGUACGAGCUCCAAGGCCUCUUCGGAAACGCAAAUGUAACCAGCACAGAUGUAGUUUUACUUCAUGUCUUGAUGUACAACAAAAAUUACAAGCGAGGGAGGACAAAGAAUACACUUUGCAAAUUAUGGGUAUUAAUGUCUCGAUUUAUUGUCAUGGCAUGUCAACUGAUGGCCCCCAGGAGUACCUCAGCUUACCAGCAGGCGAAGAUGAGAAUUUCUCUGAAAUAUAUGAUCGAAGGUUGGUCUCUCCAGACACAUGUCCAUAUAAUGGCCAACGUCGUGACAACUGCUCUUGUGUGGUAGAUAGCAAUGGGAAGGCUCAGCUGACAAUGUACUCCAAAGUUCGUCUAAAUAUUACCUCACUUCGAGUCAUCACACAAGAUGGCACAUUUUCAAGACAAGUGAAAGGCCAGCAUGGCCGAGUGCCUUAUGGACAGGCAGGAGACUGCUACAGUAAAGCAGAAUGUCCUCAAGGGCGCUUCUCUAUCAAUCUGGUUGGGACUAAUUUUAUUGUAUCAGUGUUUACCAGAUGGGAGGGUAAAGGUUCAAAACCAUCUAAGAAGAUCCAUUGGUCAGAGGGUAACCAGAAGGUGAGCGGGAAGUGUGGAGGUUACUGUGGUACAUGUAGUCCUCACCUGCGCCAUGGACUGAAACUGGAUGUAUUACCACCAUAGUCACAUAAAUAUCUGGUAGUGUUAUUAAUCAAUUUUAUUAAGUUCCUCUAUACUUGCAAGAGGCUAACAAUGAAUCAAACGCUGCCUCACCAGCUGUCCAGUAGGCAUGUCAGUGGGACCGUUUACUGAAUGUAAAGACUAGAGAUUCCUUCGAACCACAAGGCCACUACUCCAAGAACCAUCAUAGGUCUUGUCAGUGCUGUGUGAUUUCUCUUGAAAGGAAGUCAACUGGCAGCCAAAUGGUGUGAUUUGCUGAUACAAGUGCUAUCUUAAAACAUACUUUUAUUACAUGUAAUUUUCCUUACCUCUUUCCCCAUUUAUAUCACUCAAUAACAGUUCUUAUUCUUGAUUUUUACAUAAUGACAUUCUAAAUUGUUCAGUUUAUUUAGUAUCAGAUGAUAGCCUAUUUAAUGUGGAUGGAGGUGGUCAUGGCCUAAUACAAGUUACUGUCCUGCCAUUUACAAGGAGGGCUGAAUAAAACCACAAAAAUCUUCAGUCAGGAUAGUUUGCCUCUGGACCAAUAUUUGAACGUGGCAUUGCUUAUCACUCAACUGCAACAUUUGGAAGGAACCAUUCUUAAAUACACACUAUUUUUAUGAUUGAGGUGGUUUCAAAUUUCUAGCAAUAUUUAAUAUCUGUACAGAUAACAAUUAUUGAUUCUGAAUGGUGAGUAUCAAAUUUUGUUUCAGCUCUAAAUCAAGGCUUCUGUGGUCCACACCUCUACAAAGAACUGGGCUGCUCAGUUUGUUAUUAAUUUUUCAGCUUUUUUUCCAGUCCUUUUGUUGUUGUGGCCUUGGGAAUGUUAGAAUGAGCAUUGUUUGGUCCCUUUCUGGCACAUGUACAAUGUGAGCUAUGUUAUCUGAUUCUUCUUCUUCAUAUACCCUUGUCUCUCCUACAUGGAGGAUAGGGGCAUCCUUUUGGAGGUUUCUGAUCUAUUUUAGACAUUUGGUAGGGAUUCCUUGGAUGAGUGAUCAGCCCAUCGCAAGGCCUCUACCAAAGACAAGUGAGAAAUGUCUGCUGAAUUUUGCUUAAGAAACAUCUCGUUCAGGCUCGCAAGGUUCUUUUACAUGCUGCAAAUCUAUUACAUGGGACUGCCGGCUUUACUUCCCUCCAAAGGAAGUCUUGCUAUGGCCAGGUUUGAACCCACAAACCUUGGAUCCAGUGGCAAGCACACUACCACUAGACCACCGAGGGCAACAUGUUAUCUGAUUGUUGCUCCCAAUUUCUAAGAUAACUGUGGUCAUUCCACUGCCAUCUUUUUACUUCCUUACUCUCAUCUUCAUGUUUAUAUUACAGGGCCAAUUUGUUACAGCCUUUUGUUCAUACAUUUGCAUGUUUCAAGCCUUCCUGGUAUGUUUGUUUACAUAUGAUUAUAUUGGCUACUCUUAAUUUAUCUCAUGUUGCUUGUUCUUCAUGAUGUCCUGGAAAGGAUCUUAAUAUAAUUUGUGGUGGACUGUUACUUAAUAACUGUGUUUCUGCUACAAUCUUCAAAUUCAUUCUCAUGAGAACCUGAAAGCUUGCCUUAUAAGUGGUUAUAUACCUCUGAAACACUGAUAACCACAUACAAGACUUAGGAGUAUCACAUCCCAGACCACAGCCAACAUCUUUAGUGCCAUGAAAACUUCAAAUUCCACGAGGCUUCUGACACCCAUGGUAUCAAACAGUCAGAAAGUGUUCAAUUAUACUUUGGUAUGAAUGAUUUCAAGAGAUUCAGGUGAACCACUGCUUAGAUUGCAUUUAUUUUGUCAGUACAUUCAUUUGUAAAAUAUGGUUCUUGGACAAUAAAUUGGGGGUGGAGGUAGGAAUUUAUGAGAAGUAACAUAUGCUGCGUUGUAUUAUUAAUUGUACAGUUCAUCAGAACUUCAGGAAUUACUGGUCAGUGGAAGCAGGAAGAAGGAAUCUUCUCGUUUAAUGAUAUCUCUCUUCUGUUUCCUUUUGCCAUACUUUAGAGAUUGUAAGAAUUACAUACAGAUUGUCCUUAGGACAUGGUUAUUCACAACUGGUCCAAACUAGAGGUAAAAUCCACUGAAUGGGAUUAGUUUGAGGGCCUUGGAUAAUCUAGUCAGUAUGAAUUUGUUAGUUAUGGAAAAUUUGCAUAAGCAGGGCAUGGUGAAUGAAUUAUACUUUUCAUACAGAAAAGAGAAAAAUAUAAUUGUCUUGCAAGUAUACAAAAAUCAUCUGCUGUCUUGUGAUCUGCAAGAUGAACCAGUCCAACUUUGGAGCUGUACAAGGGGUCCUCAGUACCAGACCAGAUGCAUACAUAGUAUGCCAUGGAAGUGAGAAAACUAUAUAUAAUAAAAGAAUAUGCUGCAAGUUUGACAAUUUUCAGUCGUUGAUGAAGAUACUUCUGGAACAUAUGUGUCUGUGUAUAGUUAAUUCCCAUAUGAGCAGAGUUGGCUUUAAACUAUUUAACCCUUAUCGACUGUCUUAUGCACAGUCCAGCUAGCUGUAUGUGUCACAGGAGCAUAUUGCUAAAUCAUUAACCCCAGAGUUAAAGUCUGACCAGCAACCCUGUAGUGUAGGGUUUCAGUCUUCUUUUCCUGUAUAGUAAAGGUUAAUUGUUAUAUGAAUUGCUUAACUGGAGAGAGAAAAUAAGAAAAUAUGAAUAAAUCUCCUGCAUAAUGGAAGUAAAACAAGAAAGUUAAAUUGCUUUUCAAAAUGAAUGACCACAGCAAUGCAAGAACAAAUACACUGAUCAUAUAUUUUACAUUGAAUUUGGUGAGAAGACAAAAAAUUUCCAGCAGUUUAUGCAUUACAUGUCCAGUCAUAAAUAAAUUACUGUUUUUGUAGUACUCCUCUAGGUAAAUCAAGAAGUCAUAUUAUGAUAUAUGUAGUUUUUACAUAUAUUCUGGUAAGUGAUAUCACCUUUUUUGUAUGAAUUUAGUUAUCCCUUUGUGUGGUUUGAACUCUAGGGUACAAAGGAUCAGAAAGAGUCCAUCCAUUACAUGCUCUAAAUGAGGCUGAUCCUCAUAUUUUCUUUGACUUGCUCUUUUUUUAGCACGAAAGAAGAAUCAGUGGCAUAGCUGAGUGGAGCCUCUAUUAAUUUUACUGUGAUGAAUUAAGAAUGAGUCCAUUGUACGUCUACAUGGUUUACCUUUGUAACUCUCACUUGUCAUAAAAAAGCAGUUUUCCUAUGGUGGAUUUUACCAUUCUGAUUGUAUUGGGGUUUAAGUCAUGGAAACCAGAAAAUAGACUGUAGAUGUUACUGUUAUGUUCCAGGAUACAGAUGAAAUAUAACAUUGGAAUAUUUAAAGUUGCCGUUUUUAAAAUCACUGCCAUUGUAGACUUUUAUUAAAACUAAAUUUUAGUACAAUUUUGUGUACCAAUUUUAAUAUUAAUUUUUAUUUUUUAUAUUAAAUCCAUUGUGCUCUGCCCAUGUUAAUAAACAGAGGCUGUGGUCUUAGGAUACAAUGCUGGAACCACUACAUUGUAAAAUCUGAGCCUGCAGUUCACAGCGUCAGAGUAGCUUUAUUACAACUGAAGUAACGUUAUUUGAAACCCACGCAUUUGAAACUUGCUUGAAGUGUUUCUGAAGAGUUCUGAUGAUGGUGUAAUACAGUACACAUUGUUGGGAUUUUAGACCUUGCCCAUCAUCUGGUGUUAUAAAACAACAAUGAACUGAUUUGGACCCCCUACAUCAAACAGGAGGUUGAUAACUCUCGAGGAAGGUCAAUUUUUACUUGACAGU